AACCAGUCCACCAACCCAAUAGAUGACAGUGGCGAGCUAUAAUUCGGUUACUUCACAACUUCGUAGAUACCCGAAGAAAAACGAACUGCUGUGGUCACGGUGACCAAAAUCUGUGGCCCACCCUCUGCAUCUCUGCGACAGCAUGGCGGCGUUGGAGACUCGGGAAUGUGAGACAGAGGGUUGCAAUAGCGAGGCAAAACUUCAGUGCCCAACAUGCAUUAAACUUGGAAUCCAAGGUUCAUAUUUCUGUUCGCAGGAAUGCUUCAAGGGUAGUUGGUCCACUCAUAAAUUGCUCCACAAAAAAGCAAAGGACGUUGUGAACUGUGUGGAGCAGGACACCAAUACCGACCCAUGGCCAGGCUACCGAUACACGGGCAAGCUCCGCCCUCACUAUCCACUGACUCCCAAACGGCCUGUUCCUGGGAGCAUCCAAAGACCUGACUAUGCUGACCACCCCAUGGCAGCAGAGGUGGGGCUUUUGGCAGGCAUGUCUGAGUCGGAGCAAUCCCUGAAAGGGACAUCCCAGAUAAAGAUCUUGACGAACGAUGAGAUUGAAGGCAUGCAAACAGUGUGUAAGUUAGCACGGGAAGUGUUGGACAUCGCUGCCUUGAUGGUCAAACCAGGGGUCACGACGGAGGAGAUUGACCAUGCUGUACACCUGGCCUGCACUGCACGCAACUGCUACCCAUCUCCCUUGAACUACUACAACUUCCCCAAGUCCUGCUGCACCUCCGUCAAUGAGGUCAUCUGCCAUGGCAUCCCUGAUCGCAGGGCACUACAGGAGGGUGACAUACUCAACGUGGAUAUCACAGUCUUUCACAACGGUUACCAUGGAGACCUCAACGAGACCUUUUUUGUGGGCGAGGUAGAUGAGGGAGCCAAGCGUCUGGUGCAGACCACCUAUGAGUGCCUCAUGCAGGCCAUCGAUGCAGUGAAACCAGGUGUGCGCUACAGGGAGCUUGGAAACAUUAUCCAGAAGCACGCACAGGCAAGCGGUUUCUCUGUGGUCAGGAGCUACUGUGGCCAUGGCAUCCACAAGCUAUUUCACACAGCACCCAACGUACCACACUAUGCUAAGAAUAAGGCAGUGGGUGUGAUUAAGCCAGGCCACGUCUUCACCAUUGAGCCCAUGAUCUGUGAAGGUGGUUGGCAGGACGAGACCUGGCCAGACGGCUGGACCGCGGUGACCCGAGACGGGAAGCGCUCGGCUCAGUUCGAACACACACUCCUGGUGACCGAGACCGGCUGCGACAUCCUCACGCGUCGCCUCGACGACAACGGCCGCGCCCACUUCCUGUCCUUCAUGUAAAAGCGGUUUGAAUCUGACCAGUCGCCACCCCCUUCGCCCAGCAACCCGACACCCCCCCCCCCCCCCCCCCCCCCAAUCGGUCUGGCGGGCUGGCUCUGGUCCGGAGGAAAGGGAUUGCGAUGAAUACGAGCUGGAGACGGAGAAGCUGAGAUAAUUGCUGAAUGUUGUCACCUUGACGGCCAUGUGACUUGAGUGUUAAAUUUCUUGCUGCACGUCCGAUUGGAUGCUCUGGUACCCCCCCCCCCCCCCCCCCCCCAAACCAACCCAACCCAACCCAACCUCACACACCCUCCACCCCUCGAAACGACAGAAGGAGCAGGCGCUCUCUACCCCUAUUCUGCGUCACGCCGUGCACCAAGACCCAGUCUGCUUAGGGCAUUAAUGAACCUGUCGCCGCGUAGAAAGCCACUGUGUAGAAAAUCCAUGAAAUAUUCACUGUAUGAGGAAAUCACAGGAGGCGUAGUGUUGGGUGUCUGUCAUCCAUCGUUAUGUCUUCACUCCCCUCACAGGCCCUGAGGUACAGUGAUGCCCAUAGCAGACUGGUCAGAUUAAUUAUGUGUGUCUAUAUGCACAGUCGUUUCGUGUGUUUGUGUGGAAGAGUUUUUGUGUCUGUGAGCAAUCAGUGCCUGACUGUGUGUGAAUGAGUGACACAAUAUGUCAGGAUAUUACUGUGAGCAGUUGCUGGCUUGUACUGUAUAUGGUGUGUGUUUUCUAGUGUGUGGUUGUGCGUGUGUGUGUGUUUGUGUGUACAAGGAGCGGGUAAAGGAGUUAUAACUUUUUUAACUCUAAGUGGAGAUCCUUCUCUGUCAUUGUCAGUUCACCGUUUCUUAAAAGAUCUGAUUUAAUUCCAAAGAUCACUGGUCCUGUUUUAUUCAAGAGUGCCUCACGUCACUGCAUUCAACACGGACAAUCCUCACACCACCCUCAACAUUCUGUCAUACAAAACUACACUCAUCACCACCCAUCAUCACCUUCUUUUUAUGCACUUAGACGAGCAGAGCAGUUCCAGAAGGUGCAGCCUUGUUCCUUGUUAUGUUCUUGUUUUCCUGGCAAGCAAAACUGAUUGCUUUUGACUCAGACAUGUCUUUUGUGGAAGUUGGAGGCGUGUGUGUGUGCUCGUGUGUGUACAGAGGGGGUACGAGGAGGGGACUGAAAGGGAGUGUGCUGAUGUCCAGAAUACAUAUCUUGGAUAAAUGUGACCCUGUAAUAUGUUUUUGUUCUACAUAUUCAUUUCCUGUGUAACUUGUUACACAAUACGGUGAUUCAUGUGAACACACUCUCAGAAGACAGAUGAUCUACACAUUUCUGUUGGUUUCAGAAAUGAGCUGUAGGCAAGGAGCGCUAAGGCUGUGUCAUGCUGUCGUUGGCUUUUCAGCCUAGAAAGUGACAGUUUCACUGGGGUUGGUAUGCUACCAUGAUGAGCAAGCAUGUCACAAUUGAAGUAGUGCUUGGUGCUAUGAUUGUAAUUUGAAAAGAUAAAAUAAUUAAAUUUAUUUCAGUAUUCUUUGUCAAGCUGAAUUAAACUGUUCAUCCUUGUGAAA